AGCUGCCGGAAGUAGGCAGCCGAGGUGGUGGCUGAGCGGGUUGCAGCUGCCAGGGAAACCGGGGCGCGGGACGCACGGCCCGCAGACAGGCGGGCCCGGGGGUCGUCUCUGCGCCCGGCACGCAGGAGGACCGAGAGCUCCCUUUGCCGGGGCUGAGGGUCCCUGGUCCGGCAGCCUCCUCUGGACGCGGGCCUUUCCCUAAGCCCGCUAGGGGGCGCCGCACUGAGGGGCUGCAAAGUCGGGGGCGGGCGCGGCUGACUGGAGAAGGGGCGGCGGGCCGGAGGAGAGGGCUCUCCCCCGCUCAGGAGGUGCCCCUGGGCGGGGGACCGGGAGUCCUCACCUCCGGACUGAGGCAGGGGCUUCUGGGGGCGAGGAGGGCGCCUGGCCCUCUGCCCCCGCCGGCACCCUGGCCAUGACGGGCAAGUCGGUGAAGGACGUGGAUCGGUACCAGGCGGUCCUGGCCAACCUGCUGCUGGAGGAGGAUAACAAGUUUUGUGCGGACUGCCAGUCUAAAGGGCCACGAUGGGCCUCCUGGAACAUUGGUGUGUUCAUCUGUAUUCGAUGUGCUGGAAUCCACAGGAACCUGGGGGUGCACAUAUCCAGGGUAAAGUCAGUUAACCUCGACCAGUGGACGCAAGAACAGAUUCAGUGCAUGCAAGAGAUGGGGAAUGGAAAGGCAAACCGACUUUAUGAAGCUUAUCUUCCUGAGACCUUUCGGCGACCUCAAAUAGACCCAGCUGUCGAGGGGUUUAUUCGAGAUAAAUAUGAGAAGAAGAAAUACAUGGACCGAAGUCUGGACAUCAAUGCCUUUAGGAAAGAAAAAGAUGACAAGUGGAAAAGAGGGAGUGAACCAGCUUCAGAGAAAAAAAUGGAACCUGUUGUUUUUGAGAAAGUUAAAAUGCCACAGAAAAAAGAAGAUCCACAGCUACCUCGGAAAAGCUCUCCGAAAUCCACAGCACCUGUCAUGGAUUUGUUGGGCCUUGAUGCUCCUGUGUCCUGCUCCAUUGCAAACAGUAAGACCAGCAAUACCCUAGAGAAGGAUUUAGAUCUUUUGGCCUCUGUUCCAUCCCCGUCUUCUUCGGUUCCCAGAAAGGUUGUAGGUUCCAUGCCAACUGCAGGGAGUGCUGGCUCUGUUCCUGAAAACCUGAACCUGUUUCCAGAGCCAGGGAGCAAAUCAGAAGAAACAGGCAAGAAACAGCUCUCUAAAGAUUCCAUCCUUUCACUCUAUGGAUCCCAGACGCCUCAAAUGCCUGCCCAAGCAAUGUUCAUGGCUCCUGCCCAGAUGGCAUAUCCCACAGCCUAUCCCAGCUUCCCUGGGGUUACACCUCCUAACAGCAUAAUGGGGAGUAUGAUGCCCCCACCAGUAGGCAUGGUAGCUCAGCCAGGAGCUUCUGGGAUGGUUGCCCCCAUGGCCAUGCCUGCAGGCUAUAUGGGUGGCAUGCAGGCAUCAAUGAUGGGUGUGCCAAAUGGAAUGAUGACCACUCAGCAGGCUGGCUACAUGGCAGGCAUGGCAGCUAUGCCCCAGACUAUGUAUGGGGUUCAGCCAGCUCAGCAGCUGCAAUGGAACCUUACUCAGAUGACCCAGCAGAUGGCUGGGAUGAACUUCUGUGGAGCCAAUGGCAUGCUGAGCUAUGGACAGUCGAUGAACGGCGGGAAUGGACAGGCAGCAAACCAGACUCUCAGCCCUCAGAUGUGGAAAUAAAAACAAAACACCCGUAUGGCUACCACUCUCCUUAGCCCCUAUCUCCCAGGUUUUCCUCUUUCCCCAACUCCCCCAACCCCAUCCCUUUUCCUACCAAUCUCUCUUUGGUUUAGAAAUUGCUCAGUCCGUCACUUAAGGUUUGGCAUUCUGCCCAGCCCAACCACUUCCCGAACACGCACACCUCUCUGUUGCUUUAUGUUGUACAUGUCCCCUGGCCGUCCUGACUUCCUCCCCAGCCUCAGCCCCAAGUCCUCUCUUGGCACCAGCACCUUAGAAAUUGUUGGCAGAAGGCACUUAAACUGUGGGAGAAAUGUGCACACCUUUGAGUACCUUUCCCACAAGGUUAAUCCUCCUAUCAGACUCAGAAAGGUCUGUAGGUGUUGUGCUUUAGGCAAAGAGGGGAGGGUUUAGAGGUACUUCUAUAUGUGUUAAUAAGCUGUUUCUACAUAUUUAAAUUAUUGGUUGAAGAGGGAGGCAUCAUGCUCCCAUGAAUGAUGGGAACGAAGAAAGUACUGAAAUCAAGUUAAAUACUCGUUGGGUGUUAGAUCAGGUUCACCCAAGGAACCUGGGGUGAGGCAAACCCCUCCUAUGAGGAUGAGCAAAAAUAUUACUCUCCUUUGCCCCGAAUUGCUUUCUGGAUCUGAGGCUUCAGGACUCACUGCUUUAGUCAGCUGUCUUAGCACCAAAGACUUUAUGAAGGUCCCACACGAAAACACACACCCUUUCCCCACCUCUAUCCUGCUUCCAGUAGGAUCUGGCCCCAUGGCUGGAGGACCAGCCCCUCCAGUGGGAAUGCAGACGUUAAUGUGUGUACUGCUUGUGUGCGUAUGUGUGGAUUCCACGCCCCACUCUCUCCCCAUCUGCUCUGGAUGUUUUUGUUUUUUAGUUUUAGGUUUACAACAGAGAGGAGUUAAUUUAUCAACAGCCUAAAAACUGUUGGCAGUUUUUCUUAUAAUCAAAAUAAUUGCAAUCUCAUCGAUAGCUCCCUUCCUCCUUUCCCCUCUCCCAAUCUGCCAAUCACUCUUUCAUGCCUGUGUAUCCCGGGCUGCUGUUUCCCCACCUGUUCCAGGUGUAUGAGGCAGAGAGCCUGGCAGCUUUCCUCUCAGUCAUUGUUCACCCCACUUGAAAAUUAAAACAAGAAAACUUUGCUUAAAAGAUUUCACCUGUGGGAACCACAAUUCCUGGUUGCCUUUCUCCUGUGUAUGUGUAAAUUCCUUAAUAAAUAUUGCAGGGAAGGAC